UGCAUAACUAGCAACUCAAACAGUCAGACCUGAAGGAAGCGGUCCAACGGCAGCCAGCCUGGGACUACACAUCGACACUAGUGCUAACAAAACUAACUCGAACAUAAACUAAGAAACACGAGACACAUACACUAAUCAACCAGUGACAGCAGAAGGUGGGAAGCCAUACGAUGGUGAAUACCAGUGCCAAGUGAGAGUACCAGGAGAGGAGAGAGAUAUAACCAUAAAUACAUAAUUUUCCCAUCACAAUAUUCUGCAUAAGGUUGUGAAGGAGAUGAAAGCAGCAUUGUGAACCCUGCUGCCUGACAGCAAUGGCCUGGUGGCAGCAGGUGCUUGCUGUGGAUGCAAAGUUCAAUUAUCACCGAGCACCAGCAUCUCCAGGCUUCAAGACGCUGUACAUCCGUCGGCGGAGUCAGCUCCUCAGGGACAGCGCCAGAGAGGACGGGCCGGCUGUGCGUCACUACCUGAGGACUCGUCUUGCUCUCCUGCAGCAGAGGUACUGUGUCACCCUUGACCAGCUCAGCCUCAAGAGCAGAACUGCCAGUCUCCGUUCUGCAUCCAGACUCACCACUGAGGGCGACUCCCCACACAUGAGUCGCAGCAUGAGCAUGGCCUUCUCACAGCCAGGCAGCCAGAGUGUGGAGGGCCCUCGUGCCCCCCCACCACCUGGCUCCCUUGUCCCCACCCAGCGAGCUGAGGCAUCCAGGGCCAUUGUGGGUGGCACAUCUAUUGGGGAAAAUUACGCCUUCUCGGGAGUCCACCACAUCUUUGACCAGCACAGGGACAGUGUGACCAUGGUGAAGUUUGCCCACAACGACUCUGGGUUGCUGGCAUGCUGCUCCCUGGAUGGGUCACUGUCCAUAUGUCAGGUGGCCGAUGGUGAACCCAGAGUCCUGCAUUCUCUCCAACUCCACACAGCUGGUGUCACUGGGUUUGACUGGUCUGCCACUAAUGACCUCCUGCUGUCGUGUGGCGAGGACGGCAAAGUGUGUCUGUGGAGUGUGUUAUCUGGCCAGUGUUUGCGCUCUGUCUCAGACCAGGCAGGCACACAGGUCCUCUCCUGUGUCUUCCAUCCAUUCAACUCUAACUGGGCUGUGCUUGGCAACAGUCGUGGGAUGGUGCAGGUGCUCAACAUGUCCACUGGCCACUACCCCAAGGGCGGCACCAGCAAGGUUGCUGGCCAGGUCACCUCACUCACCUUUGACUCAACGGGCAAGACACUAUGGGCAGGGGAUGACAAGGGCACCAUCAUAUCCUUCCUGUUUGACCUUGGGAGUGGGGGACUACGGAAGGGCAAGCGGUGUGUGGUGAGUGAGGGGGCACCCAUCACCUGCCUCUCUGCCCGCACGUGGGCGAGUCGAGAGGCACCCAACCCCACACUCCUUGUUAGUGCUGGUUGUGAUGCUCUGCUCCUGUACAGGGUGGUGGACAAAGAGGGAGGAUUGCGGCUUAGAAGGAAGUUCACUGUUUCUCACAAGACUCAGCCUGUGCGCUCCACCUUCUGUCCUCUGAUGUCCUUCAGGCAGGGUGCUUGUGUUGUGAGUGGCUGUGAGGACUGCAGUGUGUGGUUCCUGGAUGUGGAGAGGGACAGCCGGCCACUCAUCAACCGCCUCCAAGGCCACGCCGCUCCCGUCCUGGGCGUCACCUUCAACUACGACGAAUCUCUCCUGGCCACCUCAGAUGCCUCUGGUCUUGUCAUAGUGUGGAAGAGGGAGUGAGGAGGAUUUUUUGAUGGUGUGCAGUGAAGAGUAAGUCAAGUCCCUCUUUGACAUGAAAAGGAGUGUAAGUAUCUCCUGAUGGUGAGGAAGAGGGAGCUCCGGUCUUUCAUCAGUGGUGUGGAGAAGAGAGGAUGCUCAUGUAGAAGUAGGAAAUCUGCUCAUGUUCUGUGUUCCCUGUGGACCUCAUUACUCAUGCACACACAACAAUAUGCUGUGUGUUACUAGUGAACAAAGUCUACAAUUCUAAGCCCUGAAUUCUAGAACUUUGCAUUCUUCUCAUAGGUUUUGUAAUUCCUUAAAAGUAACCUGGUAUUUAUUGCACAAAGUUUUUAAAGAUUUUCAUGGAAUUGGCAAAUUAUGUUUUAAUACAAUAUUAAAAUUACUUUUUAUCCAAUAUGGUUUAUGUGUUUGCUCAAAUCUUAGAUAUUUUUUAAGUUGCAUAAAAUCAAAUAAUUAAUAAAUUGUUGCAGUUUAUAUUAGUAAAGAUAGUAUGAUGCCUAAUUACCAUUCCAUCAUCAGGCUAUUGUUGUGCUGGGAGUUUUUAAUAGUUGAUGCUCUGAGCCUUGCUUUCUUCCUUCCCUUCAUCCUUGAAGUGCUAUCAUUGCUAAUGUUGAAAUUUAGAUGAAUAUUUCAUUAACUGUUGAAGCAACUGAUUUUCAGGGUACAUGUAUAUAUAGAUCUAUAUGUAUUCAUGCUCAGAAAAUGUAAAUUAUUUUUAGAAUGCAAUAUUUUACUGACCCAGAUGUUGCCUUAACUAUGUGUCAUCAACUGAGCUUGACUCUCAGUUUCACUUGCCUCCUCCACACUUGCAUGACACCCAAUGAUACCAGAAAGAUGCAAUAUUUGAACCACAGAGAUCAAGGUGGGACUUCUGCUCCAUUUAAUUAUGAAAAGCAAGUUUUUAUUUACAAACUUUAAAAGUGUUUUUUCUCUCAUUCUUGAAGAGACUUGGAAGGCUUAGCAAACAUGCUGUGUUAUUGUUGCACAAAAUCUGAUAGCUGCUCUUGAAUUAGACUUAAGCAGAAACCAGUUGUGCUUGUCUUGCAUUUGAUGAUGUCACCAAAAUAAGCAUUGCAUUCUAAGAAUAUUUCUGCACUUUGCCCAUCUGUAGCCUUUUUUGUGCUUAUAAACUGAGUUAGAGGAUCAUAAUGAACACAAGUAUGGUGGUGGGCAUGCUCAAAACCUCAUACUUUACCACAGGCGUCUUGUUUACAAGAACAAGCUGGUGUGGUUUCUGGCAUGUUUUGGCAAGUCACCCAAAUAGUGCUAGAUCUUGGCAAAAAUUUCUCUGCUAUCUAUGUGUCAGGCUGACAUGCUCCUCCCACCUUUAAGGGGAGGUAGCCAAGACAAGACACCUACAUAUAUAGACAUUUAUGUGCAUUUUCUCAAGUUUAGUAGAUGACCAAAAUGUGCCUUUAGUUAACUAAUGGUAUUAAAUCAAGCUGCAUGGAUGGACAGCUUUCUUGUUGUGUCCAGUAGGCUUUUGGAGGUGCAUGCCUUAUGACUCCUGCUGGUAUACAGUUCAGGGAAGCAGGCAGUCAGGUUGACCAUCAAAGAUGCACCACCAAGCAGUAUCACAUGUGGUACACAUUCUGUAUCUGCCUUCCUUACCAAGACAAUAAAACCAAAGCAGAUGAUUAAAAUUUAUUCGCACUGA